GUUCGUUGCUCUUGUGACCUCGCAGCGAGCUUCACCAUCGCAGUUUUGUCUUAACAAAAUCAGGGAUGAGUGCCGAGGGCGAAAACGGGGGUCACACCUCCAUGAUUUGACGCUCGGUUGGGGCACAGGAGAAACAAUUUGCACCCACCAACGCCUCGCGUUUUCUUUCACGAUGUACUGUCUCCGGUGGUGGGUACCGAUCUUUCUCCUUCCAUUCCCAUCAGCCCCGCCUGUUGUACUCGUCUUCUUCUUGACCGCAUAUGGCUAUCAAACCAGGCCUUGCAUCUAUUGUGCAGCUAUCCUUGUGGGCUUAUUCUUUUCGACGUGUUACUGGGACACUGCAGCCGCAGGCCUUACCUCGUCUGAUGCUUCAGCUGCAGGCGCUGCAGCCACGGGUAUAGGGACGAUAACCAAAUCCCUUCGCUCUGCGGCUGUCACACGAGAUUUUGAGAAAGAUGUGCCAGGUGCGAUGAAAACGGCUAUUGGUAAAGGAUUGUUCAAGGAAGAGAGCAGUGGUUGGCUCCAGAAGCUAUGGGCCAAUGCUCGCGUAGAUGGUAAAGCUAGCGGAAGCCACAAAUACGACACAACCUCACCAUCGGAACCUGCGCUUGGUUCCACUUCUGUAGCCGAGCCGCUCUUGUUUCAAUCGGAAGAAUCAAAUCCCGAUCCAGCAGCUUCCGAAUCAUAUCCCUCGGACCGUCGAAGCGAAGAGCAAGUUUGUAAUUGCUGGCUCACAUUUGGUCCGAAGGGUCGAGGCUUCAAGGGCUUCUUUCAGCCAGUCCCACGGCGUAGGAACGGGAGCAUGGCCAUGCAUCCAACGGCUUCAGCAGCGGUCGGGAUUAUAGAGGAUGUUGCAAAACGAACCACGACCAAGCUUGGCCUCAUGAAGAAAGGAGGCCUAGGCGAGAAAGGCUGGUUCCGGAAGUCAUCAAAACAUGAUCAAAGAGGGAUAUGGUUCGGGAUACCGGACUCGAGCUUCGGGGUAUAUGUCACCUUCCCUUGAAGUCUAAUGCACUUUUAAACAGCAUUAACAGGCACUAAUCGAUGAGGUAUAUCUACAUGUUCGUACUGUGGGCAUUUUUCUCUAAUGCGCCUUUUGCACUCAAACACGAUCACGGUCUUGUUUUUCCUUCGUCGCUUCCUGC